AUGUGGAAAGCCCCAAGGGCCUGGAGAAGGCUGAUCCGCUCCGAGAAUUUUGAGAAACUCUUCGCGGAGGCUUUCAAAGAUCCUGCCUUUCCACGUGACCGUCUGGUGGAGCUUUUGAAAUUGGUGGCGGCCAAGGGUGGGGCGACUGAACUUGCGGACGUUUUACAGCUGGUCACCAAGGUCGAGGAUGAAGAGAAACUCGGCCUGAAUGACUUCCACCAGAUCUUAGAUCUUCUGCUGGCGCGGGUCCCAACCCCCAGAGCCAUGGUGCGUGUGCUGUUGAAUCUGGCCGUGCGUCGGCCCGAAGAUGUGGUGCCUUUGGUCCCUCCAACCAUUGGCUUUGGAAGAGGAAGGCACAACGAGAUGGAGGAAAGAGAAGAGUUGUUCAAGCUGUUUGAGGGCUGCCAGGCAGUUGGUGAAACCACCGACGCUCUGGAUGCCUUUCGCGCUUUAAAGAAGGUGGAGAUUGAAGAGUUGAUGAACAGAGUGGAGAUCCCAGCUGCCGAUUUUUCUGACUACUAUCCUCACUUUCUGAUUUUGUUGGUGCUUGACUUCCUAGAAGAACUGGUCCAGAGCCAGGAAGCCUUGGCUCGCAUGCCUGAAAGCCUCAUGGCUACUGGUAGGCUGGUGCCAGAGAUGUCCACGGAGAUCAGUGUCAACGGAAAGAGCUUGGUUUGUUCGAAGGUGGGUCCCUACAAGUUCGAAAAAGGCGAUCAGAGUGUGGGACAAGGCGUCCUGCUUUGCACAGCUGGUUCCGACCCCUUGCAGGGUGGCGCCCUGGCUUAUGGCCGCAUCGAAAUGGUGAUGGAAGACUUUGACAGAGAAGGUGUGAGGCUGAUUCUGAACGUUGGUGGCAAGAACGAGGUCCAGAAUCUGGACAAAAAGAGGUCCUUAGACAUCUACAGCUCAGUGAAUCUGGUGGCCUUUGAACGACAAUUUCAGGCACUGAAGAAAAUUGCAACUGCAUCCGGUGCCAAGCGUUUUCCUUUAUGGGAGCUGCUGCCGCUCAGUGGAGUGGGUGGAGAUAUCCUGGACAGCUGGGCUGCAAGAAUGCGAAAUGCGGUCAAUGGCUCGAAGGGACCGGAGGGAAGACGCAAGGUAGCAGAUGAAGAGCAGGACGCAGGCGAGAACCCUGAAGUCUCCGGAGGAGUUUCGAAACUGCGAGCCUUGGCUAAGGAAGGGCCUGUGAUCAGCCCCAAGGGUUGUUUGCUCCUGAAGGAUUUCUCGGACUUUUUGGAGGGCGACGAGGUGGACCUGGACCCCGACAUCUCUGAGUCCGUCUCCAGGCUCAACGACUCACAGCAGCAGGCGGUACAGGCAGCCCUGGCCCAGCAGCUCACGGUGAUCCAAGGGCCUCCAGGGACAGGGAAGACCCACGUCUCCGUGGAGAUUUUGAAAAUGUGGGCGCGGAUGGGGGUGAAGCCAGUGCUGGUCACCUCCCAUAAUAACAUCGCAGUGGACAACAUUGCAGAGAAGGCAUAUGCUGCUGGGCUCCGGGUGGUCCGUUUGGCCAAGGGAGAUCGGGUGAGUCAGGAGUUGGAUGAGUGCACGCUGAACUCGCUGAUCGAGGAGCAAUAUCCAGGCCUGGAUUAUGGUGACAAGACUGCGCGCUAUGAGGCCUGCCAGAACAUUAUCGAUGCCGCCGAUGUUGUCUGCGUCACUACGAUCUCCUCGGCAUCGAACUUGGUCUCAGGUAACAACCGGAAGUAUGGGGCCAUUCUGAUGGAUGAGGCAGCUCAAACCACUGAAAUCUCAGCGUUAGUGCCCAUUGCGAAUGUCCAUGCAAGAAGACUGGUCCUGGUUGGGGACCAUUGCCAGUUACCUGCCACGGCCCUGUCUUUGGAAGCCGAGACGCGUGGCUUAACGCUUUCGCUCUUCCAACGUCUGGUGUCACGUGGCUUUCCAUCGUUUUUCCUGGACACGCAGUUCCGAAUGCAUCCGUGCAUCGCAGAACACAGCUCCAUGGAGUUCUAUGGGGGGAAGCUCCGUAGUGGUGUGAAGCCUCAAAGUAGGCUCCCUCCUCAAGGCUUUGAUUGGCCCAUCGAAGGCGAAGGCGUGGCCCUGCUGGACACCCAGCGCUUGCCGGAUCGCGCAGAGGCGCGAGAUCGCGCCUCCUGGUGUAAUCCUGCGGAGGCCUUCGUGCUGUCCGAGGUGUUGAGGUGGGCAGGAACCAAAGGGGGUUGGCCAAAGUCAGGUUUGGGGUGUAUAUUAAAUUUGAUAAUAGGCAUAAUUCAUAAUUAA